AUGAAUUCACCAGUGGCCAUAGAUUUGGGUGACAGUUUUUGUCGCGUGAGCCUCUACAAACCUCACGAAGGUAGAGUAACGAUAGUUCCCGAUUUCGAGGGUUACAGCUACUGUUGCUACUCGAUUCCCAGUUAUGUGGCCUUUGUAAAUAAUGCCAGAUUAGUGGGCACCACUGCACGCAUGCAGUUAGUACGGUUGCCGCAGCAAACCAUUAGUAGGACGAAGGGCCUCCUGGGUAAACCAUUUAUUGAAAUAGAGGAACAACUCAACAACAUUACCUUCCAAGUCACUCCAGACGCCGGCAACUUUGGUCGUCCAUUAAUCAAUGGUCAGUUCUACGCUGAGGAAAUAACUGCUGUUUUGGUGAACAAAAUGAGGGAAAUAAUUACACAUACGGCUAAACAGGCGGUGAAAGAUGUGGUCAUCACCGUUCCUGCCUGUUUCAAGGAUGCCCAACGCCAAGCCACAAUCGAUGCGGCUGAAAUUGCAGGAGUACGGGUGGCAGCCAUGUUGAAUGAGACAACGGCGGCUGCUAUUGCUUAUGCAUUGAGUACCAUGGAAAAGACAAUGAAUGUACUCUUUUAUGAUUUUGGUGGAGGACACGUCUCUGUUGCAGUCGCAAGCGUCAGUAAGUGCGAGGUGCGAAUUUUGGGCAGUGCGGGUAAUGAGAAAGCGAGUGGAAACGGGAUUUCUGAUCGUUUUACCGCCUCUGUGGCUGAAGUGAUUGUCAAAAAAUACAAACAAGAUUCGUUUUUGAAUAGGAGGGCGUACAAUUUGCUCCGUAUCAUUUGUGAACGCAGUAAACGCGAGCUGAGUUCAAAUCUAGAAUCCGAAUUGACUAUUCGAGGCGUCCUACCUGACCUCACAGUCCGGAUAGUUAUUACGAGGAGUCAAUUUGAAGAUGCGUGUAAGGACAUUUUUGAGACCGCCAUGGAGCCCAUUGAUGAGGCUCUCCAACUGGCUGGCCUCAAGAUUGAUGAUAUCGAAGAUGUGGUCAUACUUGGGGGUUCUGCACGAAUACCCAAGAUAGACUUACUUCUCCGCGAGAAAUUCCACAAAAGACAACUUAACAAAAGAUUUCAUUCUGAAGAAACUGUCGUCUACGGAGCAGCAAUGUAUGCUGCACAGUUAUCAAGAAUAGUGCCGCGAGUGAUCCGUGUCUAUGAUGUUACCAACCACACAAUUGGAGUGGAACAACCCCACGGCGUAUUGUCGCCCAUUAUUCCCCGAAACACAUCCCUUCCGUGCACGAUUCGACGCAACUUUACCGCUAUACAAGGCAGCGAUCAAUCUCACCUAACUCUACGACUUUACGAGGGUGUACAUGCUAAAACAGCAGAAAACACAUUCCUAGGAUCACUCGACAUCGUUGGAUUGUUCCCAACACUUGGCGACAUCCAUGACGUUUCACUUGAUUUCGAAAUCGAAAGAAAUGGAAUUCUAAAGACCACGCAACUUCUUGACCAGCGGUUACAUCACAUUAAGCACAUAGAUAUUAGGAAGCCGUGCCUUUCAACCGAUUUUAAACACGUUGCAUGUAGGGAGUUUGCAAGAUCGUUAACCGGAGACACUCAAAUGCGAAGGCUACUCGAACAUCGUCGUUAUCUUGAGUUUUUUGCCUACCUACUUCGCGCAGCGAUAGGUGCUAAGACAUUGGACCUUCGCGAAGAGGAAGUACGAUGUCUACUCAAUGAGAGUGAAGCCAGUUUGAGAUGGUUGAGGUCUAACCCAAGAGCCCAGCUCGAAGAAACGGACGCGAAGAUCACGUCGGUGCAAGAUGCGAUUGCAGCCAAUUUAAGAUGCACAAUAGAAGAGAUUGUGUACCAUUCUCUCCAUUUCACGGAAGCUGAAGGUACUACCAAAUACCUUCCCACGGAUAGUGAUUUUGACACGCUAAACAAAUAA